AUGGCAGAUUUCGAAGAAGCUCCCUACACUCAUGAGGAGGACGAGGAGCAGUUAUGGGGUGAACUUGAUAAGUGCGUUUCGAGCAAAUGCGAUUCCCACGAAACGAUCGACGAUGCCCUGCGCACAUGGAUAGAUUUAACGACACGCCUUCGCGACCAUCUCUACGAAUCUCAGGAAGAAGUCGUUACUUGCACGCGGAUGCUUCUUGCUAGCGAUCUAUUCCAGGCCAACAAAGACUAUGUUCGCACUCAGAUUAUCUAUAGCUUGCUUCAGGAGGACGAGGCUGGGCCUCUGCACGCUAUUGUUUCUCUUCUCCUCCUCGACGGGUGCCAGGAUGAGACCAUGUUCCCUCGCAUGGUGAACGAGGCUUGCUUCCCCCGACUUUUGGAGCUGAUCAAUGGUCGCCGAGACCAGGACCCUGGUCUGCAUCGCCUUCUUCUGCAGCUUAUGUACGAGAUGUCGCGUAUGGAACGACUUCGGGUCGACGACUUGACCAUGGUGGACGAUGAAUUCGUCCAUUAUCUUUUUGCAUUGAUUGAGGAAUUGUCUGACGAUGCGCAUGAUCCCUAUCAUUAUCCUACCAUUCGUGUUUUGCUUGUCUUGAACGAACAGUAUAUGCUUGCGUCGACAGAAGUUGACGAUUCUGCUUCGUCCAAUUCGCCUCUGACGAACCGCAUUGUGAAGUGCUUGAGUCUUCACGGAGCUUCGUUCCGAACGUUUGGCGAAAACAUCAUUUUGCUUCUGAACCGAGAAACCGAAACAUCACUACAGCUACUAAUUUUGAAGCUUCUGUAUUUGCUAUUCACGAACAAAGCGACAUACGAAUAUUUCUAUACAAACGACUUACGAGUACUUUUGGACGUCAUUAUUCGAAACUUGAUGGAUUUGCCAGAUGAAAAAAUGUCCUUGAGGCACACGUACCUACGAGUUCUCUACCCGUUAUUGGCACACACGCAACUCAGCCAGCCACCUCACUAUAAGCAGGAUGAGAUUCUGCGUGUGCUGAGCAUUCUCCGAGGCUCGCACAAUGUUCACUUUGCACCAGCAGACGACACAACGCUUCGUCUGGUUGACCGUGUAUCAAAGGUCAAGUGGAUAGAAGAAGCGCAGUCCCCCACGGUAGGAUCCGGUGAGGCUGAAGUCGCCCGCAGAUUCCUCGGUAUAAGUCUAUCACGAUCGCAAACGGCGAGUAGUAUCAGUGUAAGCGACGUAGCGGCAGUUAAGGAGAAGCCGGGAGUGCAGACACCGAGUCGAUCAGGCGAUGGAGGCGACGUUGCUACAGAUGAUGACAACGUCACAAUGGCUACUCGACCCAAGAAGCCUUUGCCAGAGGUACCAAAACACCGCCAUGGAGUGCCAUUUGCGCAGAAGUUUGCCAACGGAGGACCGAAGAAGACACCCCCCAAGGCGCCGCCGCCGCGACGAUGGGGACGGAUGAAGACGGUUGAGAAGCCUCCUACUGACCCAGUUCAGGAAACGGUCACAGAGCAGGAAGCAUGA